CAACCACUAGCAACGCUAACGAAUCUUUUCUCUCGCAACGCUCGUGGCGGUGGAUGCACACGGCUUUUCGGCCGCAACGAUAAAAUCGUGAAGCAUCAUCGAGAAUCGUUACGCUGAACAUCUAAUCGAGUUCGACGAACGACACAGCGAAUUAUCACCCGGAAUUAUAUUGCAGCAUGGACGCUCGCGAGCUCUUUUCGAGAAUAUAAAUUACGAUUAACUCAUCAAUCAAUCGAGGAAUCAACGAUAGAGGAAAGAAAAAAAAGCCAAAAUGUAUUUGUACAAUUUGACGCUCCAACGUGCUACGGGCAUCACGCACGCGGUACACGGCAAUUUCUCUGGCAGUAAAAUGCAAGAGAUUCUUGUGUCUCGUGGCAAAUCAUUGGAGUUAUUACGACCAGAUCCAAAUACAGGAAAGGUUCACACUUUGUUGACUGUUGAAGUUUUUGGCAUUGUGAGAUCACUCAUGGCGUUUAGACUCACUGGUGGAACAAAAGAUUAUAUUGUAGUCGGAUCGGAUUCCGGUCGUAUUGUGAUUUUGGAAUAUAUCUCUGCUAAGAAUAUCUUUGAAAAAGUACAUCAGGAAACUUUUGGCAAGAGUGGAUGUAGACGUAUUGUUCCUGGUCAAUAUCUUGCUAUCGAUCCAAAAGGAAGAGCUGUUAUGAUAGGUGCUAUAGAGAAACAAAAGCUCGUAUAUAUCCUGAAUAGAGAUGCCGAGGCUCGUCUGACAAUUUCUUCUCCGUUGGAGGCACACAAGAGUAACACGCUAGUAUAUCACACAGUUGGUGUCGAUGUUGGUUUUGAGAAUCCUAUGUUUGCAUGUUUGGAAAUUGAUUACGAGGAGGCCGACAGCGAUCCUACAGGCGAUGCGGCGGUGAAAACACAGCAAACCCUGACGUUAUAUGAGCUUGAUCUCGGCUUAAAUCACGUGGUGCGAAAAUACAGUGAACCACUGGAAGAACACGCCAACUUUCUCGUGUCUGUUCCCGGUGGCAACGAUGGUCCAAGUGGCGUUCUCAUCUGCUCCGAGAACUAUCUCACAUACAAGAAUCUCGGUGAUCAGCAUGACAUCCGUUGUCCAAUCCCGCGUCGCCGUAAUGACUUGGAUGAUCCCGAGAGAGGAAUGAUAUUUGUGUGCUCAGCCACACACAAAACGAAGAGCAUGUUCUUCUUCUUGGCGCAAACUGAACAAGGCGAUAUUUUCAAGAUCACUUUGGAGACUGAUGAGGACAUGGUUACCGAGAUCAAAUUAAAGUACUUUGACACGGUACCUGUAGCGGCGAGUAUGUGCGUCCUGAAAACGGGGUUCCUGUUUGUCGCCUCGGAAUUCGGCAACCAUUACCUGUAUCAAAUAGCUCAUCUUGGCGAUGACGAUGACGAACCCGAGUUCAGCUCAGCGAUGCCGCUGGAGGAAGGCGACACUUUCUUCUUUGCACCGCGACCGCUCAGAAAUCUUGUAUUGGUUGACGAAAUGGACAGCCUGUCACCCAUAAUGGCUUGCCAGGUAGCAGAUUUGGCAAACGAAGACACGCCGCAAUUAUAUAUUGCUUGCGGUCGAGGACCGCGAUCCACCCUACGGGUGUUACGCCACGGUCUCGAAGUUUCCGAGAUGGCCGUGAGCGAACUGCCCGGUAAUCCGAACGCUGUAUGGACUGUGAAAAGAAGAGUUGAUGAGGAAUAUGAUGCAUACAUCAUAGUGUCCUUCGUGAAUGCCACACUCGUACUCAGUAUCGGCGAGACUGUCGAGGAAGUGACGGACUCGGGUUUUCUCGGUACAACACCGACCUUGAGUUGCUCCGCUUUGGGCGAGGAUGCGUUGGUGCAGGUUUAUCCCGAUGGUAUACGUCACAUUCGAGCGGAUAAGCGAGUCAACGAGUGGAAAGCGCCUGGCAAAAAAACCAUCGUCAAGUGCGCAGUCAAUCAACGUCAAGUUGUGAUCGCCCUCACAGGAGGAGAACUCGUCUACUUCGAAAUGGAUCCUACUGGGCAACUGAAUGAGUACACGGAGAGAAAGAAGAUGCCAUCGGAAGUGAUGUGUAUGGCUCUCGGAAAUGUAGCUGUGGGCGAGCAACGCUCGUGGUUCUUGGCCGUUGGCUUGCAGGACAACACAGUGAGGAUAAUAUCGUUGGAUCCGUCGGACUGUCUAGCGCCGAGAAGUAUGCAAGCGCUACCAGCAGCCGCCGAAAGUCUGUGUAUCGUAGAAAUGGGCGCCAAGGACACCGAUAACUCUGAGGAUUCAGCACCGCAACAAUCCAGCUUGUAUCUGAAUAUAGGUCUGCAAAACGGCGUAUUGCUCAGAAUGGUGCUAGAUCCGAUUUCCGGCGAUCUCGCAGACACGAGAACUCGCUAUCUGGGCUCUCGUCCCGUGAAGCUCUUCAGAAUACGAAUGCAGGGUAAUCAGGCGGUGCUGGCGAUGAGCAGCCGAUCGUGGCUGAGCUACUACCACCAGAAUCGUUUCCACCUCACGCCCUUAUCUUACGAAAGUCUAGAGUUUGCGUCGGGCUUCAGCUCCGAACAGUGUCCGGAGGGUAUCGUUGCCAUAUCGACGAAUACGCUGAGAAUUUUGGCGCUUGAAAAACUCGGCGCCGUGUUCAAUCAAGUCAGCUUCCCGCUGGAAUACACCCCGAGAAAGUUCGCAAUUCACAAUGACUCCGCACAUCUGGUGGUAAUCGAGACGGAACACAAUGCUUACACCGAAGAAACAAAACAGCAAAGAAGAUUACAGAUGGCGGAAGAAAUGCAAGAGGCAGCCGGCGCGGAUGAGGCCGCCGUCGCUCGGGAAUUGGCGGAGGCAUUCUUGUCGGAAGAGCCGAACGAGGCGGUUUUUGGCGCCCCACGGGCGGGCCCGGGCUUGUGGGCCUCCAUGUUGCGAAUAAUGGCGCCGACCACUGGGCAAACAUACGAAGUGCAUCGCUUUGAGCAAAAUCUUGCUGCGUUAUGUCUCUGUCUCGUGAAGUUUGCGAAUCAAGGAGACCAACUAUUUCUUAUUGUCGGGGUCGCAAAGGAAUUUCAACUGAAUCCCAGGGUUAGCAAUGGCGGUUCCCUUUACACAUACAAAGUAAAUGCGGACUGCACCAGUAUCGAGCUGCUGCACAAAUCCCCGUUGGAUGAGGUACCGCUGGCCAUUUGUCCGUAUCAGGGUCGAGUAUUGGUCGGCGUAGGUAGGAUGUUGCGAUUGUACGACAUGGGUAAGAAGAAGUUACUGCGAAAGUGCGAGAACAAGCACAUACCCAACGCCGUGGUCUCGAUCAAUGCCAUUGGUCAGCGGAUUUACGUCAGCGACGUUCAAGAGUCCGUAUAUGCUGUGAGAUACAAGCGUCAGGAGAAUCAGUUGAUAGUUUUCGCAGAUGACACUCAUCCCAGAUGGAUUACAACCACAUGCGUGUUAGACUAUGAUACCGUUGCCACUGCCGAUAAAUUUGGAAACAUAGCUGUGAUACGACUGGCGACCGGCAUUAAUGACGACGUGGACGAGGAUCCUACUGGGAACAAGGCUUUAUGGGAUCGAGGUUUGCUAAACGGUGCUAGCCAAAAAGCAGAUACGGUAGCGUGUUUUCAUGUCGGAGAGACGGUGAUGUCGCUGCAAAAAGCAACUCUUAUACCAGGUGGUUCUGAGAGUUUGGUCUAUACGACUCUUAGCGGAACGGUAGGCGUGCUCGUACCGUUCACCAGUCACGAGGAUCACGACUUUUUUCAACAUCUGGAGAUGCAUAUGCGAUCCGAACAUCCGCCUCUUUGCGGCAGAGAUCAUCUGUCUUUCCGAUCAUAUUAUUAUCCUGUAAAAAAUGUCAUCGACGGCGAUCUCUGCGAGCAGUUCAAUUCGAUCGAGCCUGCUAAGCAGAAAAGUAUUUCCGGCGAUCUCGAGAGAACGCCGUCCGAAGUGUCGAAGAAACUAGAGGAUAUACGUACACGUUACGCGUUCUAAGUGUUCUCAUCAAAGUUCUUCAACCCAUUUUUCUCAUUUACAAUUUAUUUGGGGAAAUCAUUUUUACAAAUUUAUUAAUUAAUUUAUAAUACAAUAUUAAGUUAAUGAUGCGUACUGAUUACAAAAUAAUGAAGUUAAUGAUGCCACUCAAUUAUCAAGCAAAUCAAAUCCCUUUAUAUCACGAACACGAUCGCGUAAUCUGUAUAAAAAUUUAACAUUUUCCAUUGGCGUUUUUGACUUAAAUGAAUUUGAAUCGAUACGAUUGUUUCGCCAUAAACUCAUGUUUGAGCUUUUUUUUUUUUUUAUAUUAGUUUAUUAAAAAACUUACCGAGAAAAACAAUUUUGUAUUUGUUCCUCAAUGCAAUUUCUAGAUUAUGAAACUUUGGUUAAACACGGUUCGGACUUUAUCAUUCCUUUAGUAAUUUAUGAUCGCGUUUAAUCCAAUGACAUUAAUCAUCCACAAUAAUCAAAAUUCAUUCGGUCAAAUACGCCACAAGUGUGUGAUAAUUAUUAUAUAUACAUAAACGUAACUUUUAGAUAUGUUGGGGUCAGUAUAUCGUAUAUCCCGUUUCUUCUAGACAGACUAUCACAACACAUGUGAUAAUGAAAAAAAAUAGUAUUUUACUAGCUUUAGCAGACUUCUGAAAGUUUUGUAUUUCUGUAACAAGUAACAGCAAAUAGUUAUUAAAUUAUCGCGUUUAAUCCAGAUGACGGAUUUGAGAAUUUUCUUAUACGAACAAGUUUUAGUUGCUUUAGUUGCUGCCAGUAUGGAUAUACAUAGUGCAACGUAAUUUUAUUUCUGCAUACCGAAUAUAAAUUAACAUAUUGCUAAUACCAUCACACUAGUGACAAAAUUAAUUGCAAAUUCCACAUUAAAUUACCGAGUCUAAUAUUAAUUCCUCACUUGCCUAAUAUUAAUUUGUAUUCAACACGAACAUCUUUAAAUAUAUGUAUUAAAGGAGAAA